AAUUAAAGAGAUUUUUUUAAUUAAAUUUUUGAGUUGGUACUUUUUAGUCAGCUGAUUAAGGAAAUUAACUGUUACUUGUCAAUGUCAAUUGGAAAUGUCAGAAUCCAAAUUUCGCAAAACUUAUGGAAUCUUGUUAUUGAAAGAUAACGGGAACAAAUAGAUUGUUGUUGUUUUGAAAUCAGCGAAAUUUGGGGUUUUAAAUAGUCGGUGAAAACAUGUGCGACAAAAAAUCGGCGGUUUAGUUCUUUGUUUAUUGGACUCGAAUUUCUCAACCCCUAAUCUUAAUAAUACAAGAAUUGUGAUAACAUAAUGGAGGAUUCCAUUGAGGAUUACAUACGCAUAUCGAAAAACGCCGAAGAUAAGAAAGAAGCAACUGCGAAAAUAAACCAGCAACAACUUUUAGCUACAGCCCAGCGUAAAAAGGAGUGUGAAACGUACGCAUUAAAAGUUGUUGAAUUUUUAAUUGAGGGGAAACUAAAAUCAGAGAUAUUCUUACGUUGUUUGAAGUACAUUAAUCCGGAAUAUUAUCAGGACGUAGUUGAAGAAAGAUCUUUGGCUAAACUUUGUGGGUAUUCACUAUGUGGGAAGAAAAUCCCCGAUAUGCCUAAACAAAAAUACAUCAUCUUAUCCAAAGCGAAUAAAGUAUACGAAAUUACCGAUAGAAAGAAUUAUUGUAGCAAUUAUUGUUAUAAAGCAAGUCUUCACGUCAAGAAGCAAUUAGAUUCAAGUCCUUUAUGGUUAAGGAACCAUAACGAAACUUCCAUGUUGAAUCUUUUACCAUCAAGCGAAACGGGUUCUCCUGGUGAAUUUAUCGAUCAAGGUAUUAUCAAAUCAACCACAGAAACGGAAACAACACAAUUCACAUCAAUAUCACAAUUUGCUCAGUAUUCAUUGGAAGAAGUAGCUGAUACAGAAAAAAAGAAAAAAAUUACCAAUAAAAAAUUAAAGGUUCAUAGACGAUCCUUAAACGUUAUUAAUGAAAAUGAAGAAAGCGAAGUUGAAAUCGACGAUGAUUCAUCUAGUGUUGAAUCAACCGUUGAAGAAAUAACAAAAAAAAUUGAUGAAAUUAAUAUUAAAACGACCAAGAUUGAAGAGAAAGUCGAAACGAAUCAAUCCACCAAGAUAAAUAAAGAGGAUAAAGAGAAAUUAAAAAGUAUGAAUCAAAAGGAGAAAUUGGAGUAUUUAAAAAAGAAAUUAAAAAUAAAUAAAGAUCCAAAAACUAAAUUGGUGGAGCCUCAACCGUUAAGAUUGAACAAAACGAAAUUGGAAGCGAUAAAAGAAGUAACGGAAAGCACUCAACAAGAAAAUAAAAACGUUGUAGAUGAAAAUUUAUUAAAACUAAAAAAUUAUAUUUUCGAGUGGUUAACAAUCGAUACUUUCAUUUUUGUUUAUGGGGAAAAACGCGUUAAAGAGAUUUUGAACGAAAAAAAAUUAUUGGAUUGUUUCGAUAAAUUAAAAAUAAGCGAAUUAAACACGCAACAACAAUUAAAAUAUAUGGAGAUUUGUCGGCGACUUCAAAUGCAAGAAAUAGCUGAAGAGAGAUUUGAUAAAGUGGUUAUUGAUGAAAAUACCGAUUUAAAACCACUUCCUGAUUAUAAAAAAUUAAAGGAGGAAAGCAAAGAAUUAGAUUUGAAGGUUAAAGCUUUUUAUGGCGGGAAUCUCUAUGAAAGGGAGGAUAAAAAUUUUCCUUCGCAAUGUAAUAAAGAAAAUGAGGAUAAACCUGCUAUUUUACCAUUGGUUGAGGUUCAUUCCCAAAAUGCUUUAAGACAAAGAGUUUUUUUUAAUUCAAUUAAUAAAAUCUUAAAAAAACAAAUUCAAGAUUUUAAAUUGGGCGGAAAUGGCGUUUUAUCCGAUAUUCACGAUUUAGUUAGGACUUUUAAAUUACAAGCUCAUAAUAUCGUUUUUAAACCAACUCAAUGGAACGUUAUUUGUGUUAUUUUAUUAGAUAUGUUAAGUAUAAAGGAUUCGAAUUUAAGAAAUAAACUUCAAGAUGCGCGAAGAAAAGCUUACGUUCACCUUCUUACCAAUAAAAUUUCCGGAUCUGAAUUAUUUUUUAAGGAAGUGAUGAAAACGAUAGAGGAUGUUGAUGGUUAUGUGGAAAGUUACAUCACUAAUAACCAAUAAUAAGUUUUUUUUUAAGUUUCUUUUUUUAUUUAAUUUAAUGUUAUUAUCUAUAUCUACAUAAUAAAUACAAAAACAAUAUAUAUAUUUUUGUUUUAGAGUUUUAUCAAAAUUAAAGCACUAAAU